ACACCGACCCAACCCCAUUAACAAUUUUCUAUCAAACAAUCCUCUUUUUCGAUUUCGUGUGCGAAUCUUCUUCUUCUUCUUCUACCACAAAGGCGAAUCAAAUCUACAGCAAUCGAUAAGGGUAUACGAGACCACGCAUCACUUGCUCGCCUGGGGAUUGAUUACUCAAUGCCUGCAAUCUCUUCAUCUGUCACCGAAAACCCUAGGCACUCCCAAUCUGCUAGAAUCGUCGAUUUUCCCUGAUGGCUCCGAGCCGGAAGAGAGGCGGUGGUAAGGCUGCAGCAUCCGCCAGGCGAGAGUGGAAGGUUGGGGAUCUAGUGCUUGCCAAAGUCAAAGGCUUUCCUGCUUGGCCUGCCGCGGUUAGCGAGCCAGAUAAGUGGGGCUACUCUGCCGAUAAGAAGAAAGUAUUCGUUCUCUUUUUCGGCACUCAACAGAUAGCUUUCUGCAAUCCUGCUGAUGUAGAAUCAUUUACAGAGGAGAAGAAGCAAUCUCUUUUGACAAAACGGCAUGCCAAAGGUUCAGAUUUUGUCCGUGCGGUUAAAGAGAUCGCAGAGAGUUUCGAGAAGCUGAAGCAGCAGGUCGAAGCUAAUGAUCCUAAAUCUGCUGAUGAAACAACUGUUGGAAGCUCUGGGAACACUAUUGAGCUGCCUCAGGUUCGUGAAAACCUUAUUGGUACAAGACUUGACACUCAAAUAGAGUCAAAUUCUAGUCACGGUAAAGAUGAAUCAACACUUCUCAGUGAGGAUGCUUCAGCUGCUGAACAAAUGCUAGCUCUACGUCACAACAGUCUAUCUCUUAAUGUAGCAGCUAAAGAUCUGUGUGACACAGCUAUACAUUCUUCAAAGAGAAGAAAUGAAACGGCACGGUCUCAAAAGUGUGCUCCACAGACAAUAAUAUUACCGGUUCAGCACUCCAAACUAACAUCAGGGUUGGAACUGGAUAGGCUUCAAAGACCCCUGCGUCAAUGCAGUGAUGGUGGCAACAUUGUCGAUGAUAUAGAUGAUGGAGAUAUAAGAAGAAGAAAGAGGAUCCGAAGGCCAGGUCAUUCUGAAUCAGAUGAUGUGGUUUCAUCAGCUCUAAAUUUGCACGGAUCUGAUGAAGAGAACGCAUCUGAAAUUGCUACUGUUGAGUCUGACAAUAAUAGUAGGAAUGAAGGCAAUGGUGUGGAUUCUGGUUCCAAAGUUGAGCAUUCUGAUGAUGUUGGCGAGGGUUGUGAAGGAAGUCAUGAGCUUAGCAAGGGGCUUGAUUUCCAAAUUAGUACCAUGGUUACGAGGAAGAAGAGGAAGCCUACCAGAAAACGUGAAGCCAAUGACCUUAUUGAUCCUCCUGCUAAAGUUGAAGCAGAAGAAGGUUUUGGGACCAAGGCGUGUGAUAGCUGCCAGGGAUCUGAAAAUUCUCAUGAAACGCUGAAUGAGAGGCCCUGCGGAGAGAAAGGUGAUGAACACUUACCUCUGGUAAAGCGAGCCAGAGUCCGGAUGAGUAGAGUAUUUUGUACUGAUGAAAAGGGCAAUGCCUCUUCACAGUUGGAAGAAAGAUCAUCCAAAGACUCUCCAACAAGUGCAGCCAUGCAGCCAUGCCCUUCUGUUGAUCAUGAAAAUGAUAUUGUAUCUGGUCAAGAUACUUCUGCGGCUAAAGAAUUUAACAGCUUUGAGUUAUCUGGUAAGGUCCCAGGUGAUAUGGCUGAUGUAGGGCCUUCUCAUAUGGAGAAACCUUCUGGCAGAAUGUCUCCGUAUAAGGUAUGUAUUCAGACUGUAGGAGAUAAAAAAGCUGCUACGGAGUUACAUGAGAACGAAUUUAGCCUGGCGCCAGAUGAUGAAGUAACUCGAGCACAAUCUAAUCAACUUGGCAGUUUGCCAGAAGGGAACACUCGUGUUUCUGAAGUUGUUCAGGGCUCUUCGGAGGUAUCGCAAACCGUGAACUGUCUAAACAUUGAAUCCGAUCCUAUUGACUUGCAGUGCACACGUCAAAAUGAGAAAAAUGGACUCCCUUUGAAUUCUGAUACCGUGGAUUCAUUUGCAAAUAAGCCCCCAAGUUUAUGCCCGGGUUUGGAUUUGACAGCAUCAUCGGUACCUGCUCAAUCUCCUCACCAACACGAAAGCCAGGACAAUGAUUCUUGUGAUAAUUCAUUAGUCGUUGUUGGGGAUUCUUCUUUUAAAGAAAAAUGUGAGACUUUUGAUAAAAUCGCUCAGGAUGUUCAGUCCCAAGCUGUAGAACAUUCUCAAUUGUUCUGGUCAGUGGUCAGUAAUCAGGAGGCUGAAAACAUGCAGGAAACUGAAAACAAUCUACGGAUAGAAAAACAAGGUACUCUGGAUAAAGAACUUGAGAGUGGCAAACAAGGUUAUAUAAUAGAGAAUCCAGCCCCCUGUGCUACUGAAUGUUAUAUUGUAGUUAAAGAAGCGGAACCUCAGUGUGGAACGGCGUAUAGCCACUGUGAGGAUGCUGAGGAGAACAAAAAGCUGGAAAAGAGCUGUGAGACGGAUGGGCAGAAAGAGCAUAUCCAAGCCACCAAUUCUGUCUCAGUAUCUGAGAACCUUUCACCUGAAAAAAUGAGGUUAACUCCAGACUCUCCUGCAAGGGGUAUACCACAUAGCAACUCAAUUUGCGAUAUUUCUACUGUAGAAAGUGCAAAUGGUAUGCAGAGCAACAGUUAUUGCUGCACCAGUGUUCAGUUUGGUGAGAAGAAAACUAUGAGUGAUGACACUGUCAAAGAAGAAAGGAAAGGUGAAAUAGGUGCAACUGAGGUAAAGAAAGUUGUUAUUUCUGAUGUGCAAUUCACUAUUGAAUCAUUUGAGACGGCACUUAGCUCCUUGGUGAGGACAAAGGAGACCAUUGGCCGCGCAACACGUUUGGCUAUGGAUUUGGUGAAAUUUGGUGUGUCGGCAAAGGCCAUGGAAAUUCUUGCUCAUACUUUGGAAAGUGAGUCAAAUUUACAAAGAAGGGUGGACUUAUUUUUCCUUGUGGAUUCUAUUGCUCAAUGCUCCAAAGGCCUGAGUGGUGACGCUGGUGGGGUUUAUCUUUCAUCCAUUCAAGUUAUGCUGCCUCGCCUAUUGGCUGCUGCUGUCCCAGCUGGAGCUACCACACAAGAAAACCGGCAACAAUGCUUGAAGGUUUUGAAGCUUUGGCUCGAAAGAAGGAUCCUUCCUGAAUCUAUUGUUCGUCAUCAUAUAAGAGAACUUGAUUCACAUAGUAACGUUCCUGCUUGCCUCUAUUCUCGGCGCUCAGCUCGAACAGAAAGGGCGCUGGAUGACCCCGUUAGAGAUAUGGAGGGUAUGCUGGUGGAUGAAUAUGGAAGUAAUUCAACUCUCCAGCUUGAUGGAUUUUGCAUACCUGCAAUGCUCAAGGUUGAAGAUGAAGGAAGUGACUCGGAUGGUGAAUUUGAGUCUGUCACCCCUGAACAUGAGUCAAGAAUCCUUGAAGAACAUGUUACACCAUCCAUUACUGAAAGGCAUACCCGUAUACUUGAAGAUGUUGACGGCGAGCUUGAAAUGGAAGACGUGGCUCCACCUUGGGAUGUUGGAAGCAGUGCACCCACUGAUGAAGCUGGUAAUACAGAGUCUGCAAAUCGUCAGCCUGUCUUUGGCACUUCACAUCAGAACGUGACCUCGUCAUCUCCAUUAGCUCCCCCUUCACAGAAUGCUCAGUGUGCCAUGUCUGAUUCCUACUCAAAUGGCUUCGACUGCAGAGGAUAUCCCAGCAUGCAUGGAGAUCAUCAGGCAGAUAUUCCAAGGAUGAAUCCACCACCUGUGCAUUACCGAAGUCCUGAGUCAUCUUAUAGUUCCCGUGCAUCUUUGUCAAAAAGCAUGGCACAUGGUGAGGAUUCUAACUUCCAGCAUGGGCCUUAUCCCCCACCUCCGCCUUCACAUCAUUAUUAUCCAUACAUGGAGCCGGAGCACCAUAGAAAGCCGCGGAGAGAAGGUCCAUCAUACCCUCACAGAUCUCAUUACACGCCGGAUUUUGAGGAAAGGAAUUAUCAUGAUGGCCAUGAGAGAAUGAGGCCUGCGGCAUGUGAGAGUCGAGACAAUUGGAGAUACCAUCCGUCCUAUUCUCAUGGUCCACGAUAUCAUGACAGACAAAGAGGCCCUUAUCAAUCCAGCUCACACAGUGGCCAUCACCGUGAGUAUGGAAGGUUUGAGAACGACAGGUGGAGUCAUUCUCCGCGUGCAUAUAACAAUAGGCACUCUUUUCACUAUAAGCCACAUUCAGAAGGUCCUGCUCCAGUAGCAAUGAGAGAUCCUCCAGGCACGUGGCAUCAAAGGUGAGUUUACAGAGGUGGACUGGUGAGGCUAUGUCUGAUGUAAUUUGAAGAGUGAGUUGGGCUCGAGGAUAGUUGACUAAGUGAGAGAGAGGUGUAUUGGAGGCUUGUCUAGGGACUUUUUUUUUGUGAAGAAGGAAAAGGGAGAGAGCGAGAGUGUACAUAUGAUGAUGGAUGGUAUUUGCCAACAAAACGAAAACAGAAGUCGUGAAAAUAUUGGGUAAAAGCCUUAUUGUAGAGAGAGAUGAGAAAAGGAGUGAUUUAUUUAGGUAGUUAGUUGUAAUAGCAUUUUAAUCUCUGUUUAUCACCCAACUCCACCAAUAUGGGUGUUUUGUUACUAAUGGUAAUGUGUUCACUCGAAUGAUUGAGUAAAUUAGCUGCUGCCUGCUUAUCGUGUAA